UUUGCAAGAGGUUGUUCAAUAAGAGGAAGGCAAUGAGCCAAUGCAGUUUAAAGAAAGUUUGUUUCGGUGUAGUCUAACUUUUUGGGUUGGCUUAAAGACAAAGCCUACAUACUUUUGGAAAACCAGGGAGUGUAAUUAGUGCUUUGAAAAAUAUUCCCUGAGUUGUCUGUGGAAAGAUCAGGGCUUUGUCAAAGAAGAAAAGCUCUAAAAUGGAGUUCAAUAGGUGCACAAGUGCACCCGUAGAAGAGGCUCGGAGAAGACAAGAGGCCGGGGAGGAUGCUACUCCUGAUUCUGGCAGUAGAGUUGUCAGUGAAGAGCUGGAUCUGGUACAAAUGUAUCUUACCUGUUUACCUGACAGAUACAUGAAAGCAAAAUUCAGCCUGACUGCAUAUCUGGCAUGCUGGUUGGUUCUGAAACUCUGCAAGAAAGCCUGUGAGAAAAGACUGUCAGCUUCUAAUAAGGGUCUCAGUGAAACUACUGUAAGAAAGCCUGCCAGAGAAACGGAAGAGGAGAAUACCUCUGAGAAGGCAAAAUGCUACAAUGAAGUGCCGAGCCAGCUGGAGACCCCUGAGCCAACUGAAAACUGCAUCAGUGAAGGAGAGUUUGAAGAUGACCAGAGUUCUACCACACUAAGUACAGUAGAGUUGGAGCUACGUGGAUCAAGCCAGGAAACAGAUGAAGAUUAUUUUGAGACCCAGUCUCAUCAGAGUGAAUCAGUUUCAGACAUUAAGACUGAGCCUUAUGAAAGUGCAUCAGACACAGAGUCUGUUGCCUUUGACAUAACUGGAGAAACUUGCUUGAGUUCAAGCUGUUUUUCUGCUGAAAAAAGAGAACCAUGCCAUAAGUUUCAUGAUGUGAAGGCAGAAUUGUCCGCUCACCAACUUAAAUGCACAAGGCAGCCAGCGCAUAGUCAAAGGAAGCAGUUGGAUUUAAAAGUAGCAUCAACCAAGAAUGAACUUUGGGUACAGACUGGAAAAUCAGAAGGAGAAAAGACAGGGGAGAAAAUACUAAUAUUAACUAGUGAUCUUUCCAACCCAAAGUCAAAAACCAGUGGAGAGGAUACUGUAACAAGGACAGACACUAAGUUAGUUGUUGGUGGAUUGCAAGGUCAAAUAAAGUCUGAUAGCAAUAAAGCAAAACCAACUGAAAAAGCUGUUACAAGGAAUGAAAAAAGACCAACAGUAUUGAAUAUUUCUUGUUUGAAAGCAAACUCAGAAAGUUGUUUGGCUUUCCCUGAUACUCCGCAAUUUCCUUUCCAGCCAGAUGUAGGAUCAAGCCACAGUUUGCCUAAUAUGUAUUUUGAAACAAAUAGAACUGGCUAUAAAAGAAUCACGGAGGUGACUGAACUGAAUUCCAACCUGGAUUCAAUACCCAGCAUAAAAUGCAAUAAGAAGAACUCAGUUAACAGUCAAAAUGCAGCUAAAGGGGUAGGAAAUGGAAUCUCAGGGGUCAUGCUGAAAUCAGAUUCACUCUUACACCAGCCCUUCCUAAAAUCUAAAUUUCAGCCACUACCUAGGAAGCCAGAGAUUACAGAAAGUAAAACAUGGCACAGUGAACCUGAAAACAUUAGUGUUCAAGGCAAGAGAGAAUACUUGGAUGACUAUUUUCAGCUUACUGAUAAAUUUAGAUGGUCAUGUUCCAGAAUACAUCUUCAAGGCCUAGAUUUGGAAUACACUUGGAAAGACUUAAAAAGGGCUGGUUGCAGCUCUGAAAAAGCAAUAAAAGACAAGGGGAAAUUUGGCCUAAACGGAUCACUUCUUAAUGCCUAUGUAGACUCAAAUAGUGAUCAGCUUUCUCAUCCGGUAGGCUCUCACCAAGGUGCUGAUAUUAAUUUGCACAGGAAAUCAGAAGCAUGUGGCCUUAACAGAAAUACGACAGAUACAUGUGCUUAUACCUUGUCUUUGGCACCACUCCACCUGAAAGAUGCCUCCAAGUGUGAUCCAAAACAAAGAGAGAUUCUCUCAGCCUUGCAUUCUGAGCCAACAAGCAUAAGUGCAGUAGUACCAGCAAGAAAAGAUAAAAGCAAAUCUGAGAUAGUUUUGGAAACACAAAGGUUCUCUGGCAGCAUUCAUGUUGAAACUGACAUUGGUGAUACUAAGGAACAAACGACUUGUUUUGUAGGUGUUUCUACUAGUGCAGAAAACAGAGGCGCUAAUUGUCCUGCAAACUACAUCCUGGCUGGCAGAACACAGCUAAAUAACUCAGAGGAGAGCAGCACUGGCCCUGAAUCACCAAACACAGAGGCCUUUGUAAAGGAAGCAGGGUUAAGGGAGUCUUUUGAACUUGGUUUGGAUUUUAAAGGCCUGGAAACCACACCUAAAUCAGGUGCCAACGAUAUUCCAGGAGAGAAACAUGAUUCCAUGCUGCGGAACCAGAGUAAUAAAAAAGAUGCCUUGCAGGGCUACCAUAAGCCAGUGACAACAAACGGACGUGUUAUUAAUGAAGAAGUAAAGGAUGAAGAUAAUGUGUGUGCCAUUGAAAUAGCUCCCAAGCUGGGUUACGUGAGCCAGCGACGGGACUUGUUGAAGUUCCCAGAGUUAAAACCAGCUCUAAUUAUAAUAUCUGUGGAACAAAAAGGCUUGCAUUCCAAGACAUUGAAUAAAAACUGUUCUACUGAAAUGAUAACGGGAACACUGGGAGAACUAGUAAGUAAGAAUUUGGGGUCUCCUUCCCUUGCCAGCAGAGAACAUAAUAAGCCAGAGAGAGCUUUGAAUGAAUACUUUAGCUGUGAAGAACAAACUUUGCCUAUCCUCCCUGUCUCUGGUGAUGACGAGGCAACUCCUGUUGGGGGCCCUGUCCAAGAAGAAUCAGAAAUUGUGCAAAAGCAAGUAGAGGAAACGACUCUGGUUUCAUCCUUAAAUAUCAGCAGCAGUAGUGUCACAGAAGGAAAUGUAAGUCUACGACUGGAAAAUGCUAAACAGCAGGAAGGUGCAGAUAGUGCAAUACAUGUGGAACCAAAUGAUGUAGCCAGUGUAGGAAUCUCUCAGGUAGAACCCUGCAGACUAAAUGCUAAUUUUGAGUUAGAGGCAGCAGAGUUAACACAAUCACUGUUUGAAAUGAGAGGUGACAAAGUGAUUGAGAAAAAUGAGUUCAGUGCAAGUCAGGGCCUGGAAGAAGACAUGUACGUAACUCCUUCAGAAAUGUUGGAAAUGAACAGCGCUGGUGGCCUGUGCCGGCAAGAUGGGGCUACUGAUGAUGUAGUAGGGAGCUGCAUCUUUGGUAAACAAAGACAAGAAGGGGAAACAACUGAAGGCUGUAAUAGUUCAAAAGAACUAAUAGCUGUUUUUGAAGAUUCUCCCACUAGACCAAUAAAUCAGGACUCAGCUGAAGAGGAGCCAGCAAACCUUAGCAAAGACAUUGCACAGAAUGUGAAUGGGACCGAUACUUGUAACCAUGCUGUGAAAAGGGACAGCCAGGAUUCCUCCACAGUGGGCCUAGAUAAUGUAAGUACAGGCAGUGGUAACAGUGAGGAAAUGGAUGAGAAUUUAUUCCAUUUCCUGGGGAACAACAGUAGCUUUUACAAGGCUGUGCAAAAACAGACCAAGACUGGGAACACUGGGAAACCUUCCAAGUUUUUAGUUUUCUCAAAAAUGGCAUCCUUCAGGAAAACUAAGUCAGCACCUGCUGAAAAUCAAGGUAGUAGCAGCUUCCUUGGUGGCAAGACAAAGACAGAAGAACUGGACACUGGGAAAGAGGAAGGUGAUACAGAAAUCAUGCAGUCUUUUAAAAAUUAUUCCCCUACUUCUGUCUUUCAAAGGAAAGAAAGCUACACCUCUGAGUACUCUGAUGAUGAGGAUUUAUUCUAUGAGAGACCGGCAGGAUUAUUCAACAGAUUAAGCCUGAGGAAAGCCUCUAGCUCUGGUCGGUUACUGAUGGAAGACAUAGAAACGAAUCUUACUUCUCCCACCCUCAAUACUGUGAAAUCCCUUGAAGGACAAACUUUAGCUUCAGAGGAAAAUAACCCCAAUGAAGCUGCAGCGUGGUCUGGGAUCAGAAGAUCCUCAUCUGAGAUCGAGUGUAAAAGAAAUAAAACCCCUGAGGGUAAAAAGUUUCGCACAAGGUUGGCCUUGGCACACAAAUCCUUGUCAAGUUUAUUUGAGUCCAGAUCUCUGGAGAAGGAAAACAAUGAGCAAUGCUCCAAAGUGCCACUGAAACAUGACAAAGAGAAAGCCAAACUUCGCCAAAGUUCUUGGAAAGCAUUUCUGAAAAGCAAAGAAGCAGAUGGGCUGAAGAGCUCUGCCUUUGUGAGUAUGUCACCAACCCAGGAGAGAUUUAAUAUCACCAGAAAUCAGCAGCAAGGUCCUGGCAGUGCUGCAAGGAGGACCUCCACAGAGAAGCAGGAGGGUUCUAAUGGGCAAGUGUUUUUGAGAUCAGGUGUAUCUAAUGGCACCUAUCCAGAUACCAACCAUUUUGACACAUCUGUGGAGCAUGUUGAUGUCUCUACCCCUGCAUAUAUGAGGAGGAAAAGAGUACUGUCUUAUGACCUGACUAUCAAAUGUCCACAAAGCCCAGAUGAUGAUGAGCAGCAGGAAGCACUGAGCAACAGUUUAGAUGCUUCCCUGGAGGAGUACUGGCUGAAAUCACCCUUCAGCCCCAGUGACUUGCACUCGUCAUUUACCCAGUUAAGCCCUUCUUGCCCCCAGCUAUCAACAUAUGAAGGCAAAGAUAUGCCCUGUAGGCCCAUGAGCCCCAAACCAUGGAGCUCAAGACCAGGUUUUCAAUGCAGGAGUGUCCAUUAUCCUGGGAGAAUAAGUGCCACUUCGAUGAUCUCUCUUGGGAACAACUCUGCAAUCGACAGCAGUUCAGAGGCACCAGAAAGGCCAAAGACCCUGAAACCUAGAGGUAGUCUCUUGCUUUCCAUGCAUUCACUGGACAAUGAAUACCAGAGGGAAGACAGUGGGAUAAGCAGUCAAUCCCAGAUCAGCUUGAACACAGCUUCUUCGGUUAGUGAUAUUCUCAGAGAUGAGGAUCCUAAACAGCAAAGUCAAACACCACCUGAAAAAAGGUCCUGUGAGAAAUGGGUUCCCCAUCGAAAAAAGAAACCUCCUCAGACACUGCCAUCCCCACGCCCAUUCUCAAGCAUUGAAAACAAAGGCUGGAGACUCCCUCUCCUCACUUCGGAUGGAAAAGCCAAGGAAACUUCACAGAGGAGGCGGCCCAAACCCCUUUACAAGCAUUUCAGCUUCGAUGACAUUUGGAUGGAAAGGAACCGGAAAAGGAAACUCGAGAAGGAGCCACAGAGGGAAAUCCAAUGGAGUAACCUCCCUGAGGACCAAGUAAAAGCUAGAAUGAGUUUGGCCAUCGCUUCUGCUGUUGCCUUUGACAUUCUUCCCCUUAAGUUGCAUCCGUUUUCGCAGAGCACCCCGACAGGCUUAGACUGCGUGGGCUGGAAACGACGCAUCUCAUUUCCUGUGAUCACUGAUGGGCCACUGGAUAAGACAGCUCUUACAGAUGAUGUGGGAAGUGAGGAAGAUCUAUAUGAGGACUUCCGGAGUUCCAAUCACCGCUAUGGCCACCCUGGAGGAGGAGGAGAACAGCUUGCUAUUAAUGAGAAAUGUGGGGGUCAACUUAUACAAUGUGUCAAGCUAUAUACUGUAAAAUACAGUACACAUUUGCUCAUCAGUGAUGGCAGUGUGGUGUAUGCAGAAGCCCUUUGGGAUCAUGUCACAAUGGAUGACCAAGAGCUGGGAUUCAAGGCUGGCGAUGUCAUUGAAGUAAUGGAUGCUACGAACAAAGAGUGGUGGUGGGGAAGGAUCCUUGACAGCGAAGGCUGGUUUCCAGCCAGCUUUGUACGGCUCCGAGUAAACCAAGAUGAACCUAUGGAAGACUAUCCUCUAAAAGUAGAGGACGGCAAAGAGGAAGACGUCAGCAGCACUGCCCGCCGCUAUGGUGUUGGGCAGACAAGCAAGGAUCAGAUGAGGACCAAUGUGAUUAAUGAGAUCAUAAGCACAGAGAAAGACUACAUCAAACACCUUAAGGACAUCUGUGAGGGGUACAUUAAGCAGUGCCGCAAAAGAGCUGACAUGUUUACAGAGGAACAACUGAAGACAAUCUUUGGUAACAUCGAGGACAUUUACAGAUGUCAGAAAAAGUUUGUAAAAGCCCUGGAGAAGAAAUUCAACAAAGAGUACCCACACUUGAGUGAGCUUGGCUCCUGCUUCCUGGAACAUCAAACAGAGUUUCAGAUAUACUCUGAGUACUGCAACAAUCAUCCCAAUGCCUGCCUGGAGCUGUCCCGCCUUGCUAAAGUGAACAAAUACGUCUAUUUCUUUGAGGCCUGCCGCCUUCUUCAGAAGAUGAUUGACAUCUCUCUGGAUGGGUUUCUUCUUACACCAGUGCAGAAAAUCUGCAAGUACCCACUGCAGCUGGCCGAACUGCUCAAAUACACCAACGCCCAGCACAGGGAUUUUAAAGAUGUUGAAGCUGCCUUAAAUGCUAUGAAGAACGUUGCUCGGCUCAUCAACGAAAGAAAGAGGCGGCUGGAGAACAUAGACAAAAUUGCCCAGUGGCAGAGUUCCAUAGAGGACUGGGAGGGGGAAGAUGUCCUGGUCAGAAGCUCAGAACUCAUCUAUUCUGGAGAAUUAACCAAGAUUUCCCAGCCUCAAGCCAAGAGCCAACAGCGAAUGUUCUUCCUCUUUGAUCAUCAGCUUGUCUGCUGUAAAAAAGACCUCCUGCGCCGUGACAUCUUAUAUUACAAGAGUCGGAUCAACAUGGACGACAUGGAAAUAGUAGAUGUGGAGGAUGGGAAGGACAAGGACUUCAACAUCAGUGUUAAAAAUGCAUUCAAGCUGCACUGUAAGACCACAGAGGAAGUCCACUUAUUCUGUGCAAAAAAGCCAGAACAGAAGCAGCGCUGGCUCAAAGCAUUUGAGAAUGAAAGGAAACAGGUUCAGCUCGACCAGGAAACUGGUUUUUCGAUCACAGAAGUGCAGAAGAAGCAGGCAAUGUUGAAUGCCAGCAAACACCACCACAGUGGGAAGCCCAAGGCUGUCACCAGACCCUACUACGACUUUCUGAUGCGCCAGAAGCACCCCACCCUGCCGGCCAACCUGCCCCAGCAGCAAGUCUUCAUGUUGGCAGAGCCCAAGCGCAAGCCUUCAAACUUCUGGCAGAACAUCAGCAGGCUGACACCCUUCCGGAAAUGAAGGGCAGCCCCGCGUCUGUGCCUGAAUCCCCUCCAAGAAAGCACUUUAUCCAUCAGCUCUGGGAUACUUGAGCCCAGACUCCUCCAAUCCUUUGUCUGCAGAGGACGGUGCACGCUCCUUCCUUCCCUAUUUAUUUUGCAGACUGACUAAACUCAAUGGCUCCAAAAUGGGACACUGUGCUCGUACCAGUUUAAGUGAGCCGACCUUGCACAGCACCCAGCAGCUCUGUAACUCCCAAGCAAGAGAACACAACAGCAUGGAGCCCAAAGUGUGUUUCAUCCUCAGAUUUCCCUUACUGUCCGUUUGCAUCUUGAACCAUUCCUCCCAGCUGGGAACAUAAUUGCUGUAUGACGACUACCAGAAAGACUAACUUUCAGUCAGUGCGGCUCUCUGUGCAGAGAUGUCAGCUGGGUCAGUAGGACAUCUACCUGCUUGGUGUCUACUGAGCAUGCCCAAAACACUGGUUCCAUUAUUGCUGAUGUUAUGCACUUUUGGGGGGAAUUAAACCCUUUCUUCCACUGCCACCAUCCCCAGUGUUUCUCAUCAAGGAAGUGAUAUCCCUACAUGUUUAACAAAUUGAUUAGCCUUUAUUGGCACUUAGAAAAGGCAGCAGUGAGUAUCACUGUGACCUUUUUACUUCCUCCUUAGUUCAGCACACUGAUGAAGAACCAUAGUAUCUUAAAUGGUGCCAACCAACUUACAGCAUGAGUAAAAGUACAAGAAUCUCACAAUCUAGCUGGUUUUCUUGAGUUAUGUUUGUUAGGAAAAAUUGUGCCUAAAUUAAUACUCCUUAGACUCUUUCCAUCAUCACUCUGCCAUAUUUCCUGGCCAAUGAAAAUGUUCAUUGUUUGUAAUGUGUUUUAUUUAUGGUAAAAACAAAACUGUGUAUUUUGUAAGUUUGUAAUUGGUCUUGUCAGAUGUUAACUUGAUGCCUGUUUUGUCUGUCUUUUUUAACAAAAACAAGGUGGCCAACACUUGCAAACCUAGCUCCCUAAAGUUAGAAUUCAUGGCUGGGCACUGUGGUCUUGGCUUUUCACAUGUUGUGGGGGGACAGGUGGGGGGAAGAGAAACAAGUCAGUUCUAGAAGACCCUGACCAUGGGAUUUGGAGUCUACCUUUAGGCAUCCAGGUUUGAUAACUGUGGCCAAAAAGAAUUCAUUUAAUCCUUGGUUAGUAAAAGAAAAGAUAUGCCUUACAAUAGUGAAAGAGUUAGAAGCCAUACUGACUGAAUUCCAUAGUUUAGGAGAAAGUCCUGUGAGGUUGGAAACAAGAUAUCCAUUCACUCCAACAGGAUGCUAUUGUGAGUGAGCACUAACUCUCUGCAAAGCUCAGAGGUCCAAUGUAUGCUGAUGCUGUAGCUGACCAAAGUCUGGUCAUCCGGGGAUAUCUGAAUUCAGUAGCAUGUAUAAAGUCAUUCUUGCACUAUAUCUUUCCCCACACAAGGGGCUACAUUUAAUUUCAUAAAGAAACUUGUAAAAGUAACCUGCAGCCUGUGUGUGUGUCUUACAUGUCUGUAUCCAUUUGUGUGGUCCUUGUUUUCCCUCUUCACGAUCAUAGCAAGCUUGUUCUUGCUGCAUAAGCGGCCAUGUGGGAAGCUGGCAUCUCUUGGAUAGCACAUCUGCUGAGACUAAUGGGAACAGAAAUAGACUGAUUACUUGCAAUGCUGUGCCCAAGCAUGGUAGUGUAAAGUAACAUCCAUCUCUCAAAUUCCUGCCAUGGGCCUGGAUGGGUUUCAGCGUCGAGUGUAACAGCCUGUAACUAGUCUCUGCUAAACUUAAGCCAAAGUCAAGAACAUCACUGGCUGAGCAUAUUAUACCAAGCACAUCAUUCAAGGCUGUUUUCCUUAACUAGAAUUACCUUUUAUUUAUAUAACUUGCAAUGAACACUUGAGCUCUUCAACUGUGAUUUGCCUCUUACUGCUGCAAUGAAUGAGAUCAGAAAGCAGUGUCAAGAUGUAAAAACUGCCUAAGAUUAUCUCUAUAUAUGAACUGAGUAUAACAUAUGUAAUAGACAUGCAGCACCUACUCACUGCAUCUUGCAGCCUGUCACGAGGAGUGAUGCUUGUCUGUGGAAUGAGAUGCCUAAACUGUGGUUAAAAUUUUCAUUGGUGUACAAAAACAAACAGUCUAGGCCCUCUUCUCACAUUUCAGUUAACAACAUUGUAGCCAUACCCUUCUCUUGGUUGCAAUGCUUGCUUUUUUGUGGGUCAUUUUGUGCCCACCCCAUUUCCUGGUACUAGUACUCUUCCCCAGAACAGAUAGCAAUAGCUAUGGACUAACACAGUCUUAACUAGGAGGUAUCUUAAACUGCUCCAGCCAUAUUAGAAAAUGGGUGCCUGGUUAGUAACAUGCUCCCCUCAGGGCAAGGGCUUCCUCCAUCUUAACAUUUUAAAUCAUUCUCCUUCCCCCCCCGUCCAGUAACAAGCCAUUUCAUUUGGGCAAUUAAAAGUUUAUCUGCUACUUUUCAUAAUGCGAACCACAUGGCUGCUGCAACAUGUUUAAUCUCUUGCAUAGAGUCAUCUUUUUAGGACCAGCUCUGCUUCACAGAGGUUCAUGUGACUAGAGCACUGAAUUGCACCACUUGUGGGGGGGUAGAGAGACCUGAUGGGUAUUGCAGAGAUACUGCACGACAGUAGGUGCUGUUCCUUUGUCCCAUGUAUCCUGAGUGUCUGCACUCCUUCUUCCUUACCAUAAACAUGUCUGUUUUGAUUGGCCAGGAAGCAAAUAGGUUGAUAUGUAAAUGAUCAUUUUUCUGAGUCUAGGAGUACUUGGUGAGAGGAGCUUUUUUACCCUGUACCGACACAGUUUUAAUUUGUACAGACAAUGAGUUUAGGGAAAGGCUGGAUUCACUCUCACUGGCAUAAGUCAGCAGUAAUUUCACUGAGCUAAUGGGGGUUAAACUGAUAGAGAAACCAGUCUAACAAAGUUCAAGAAUCUUGAAAAACAAAACUUAAGGGACACGUUGACAUUGCCCUCAUCAUAGUAGUCCAAAGAACAGAAAAAGCACGUAGAUGAAAUAUUACCAUUUCUUCCAGAACUUGUUUUACACAUAAUUAGCACAUGCACAUUUGUUGAAAACCUUCUGCAGACAUCUUUUUUUUUCUGACAGAGGCCAAAGUAGGACAAUCCUGUCAAGUGCUGUUCUUAACUGUGUAUUCUACAAUUGUUCAGUUUAGUUGUCUACAGGUAAAUGUUCAUAUUGCCUCUUCAGCUGUACCUCUAGCAUUGUAAGAGACACUGCAGACUAGUGGCUGAUCUCACUACCAUGCAAGCCACAUUCAAGACGACAGGAACUGUGCCAUCAAAUGGAGCCAUGAUUUAGAUCCUGUACACACACGAGAGUUACAGGACUGACACUGGCAUGACUGAGAUAAGAAUUCAGCUUGCUUCAAGAUUUCUUUCAUGUACAAACAUGUAUAUAGAGCCAUUCAUAUAUAAGCACAUGUGUAAACUGGUUCUAUCCAAGUGGAAUUUUAACUGUUUCAUCUUAGGUUAUAUCCAAUAAUAAUUCCUUUUUAUUCUAGUCAUGAGACUAUUACUUUAUAGAUGAAUCAUUGUGUUCUCAGAUACACAUAUUCCAACUAGACUGGUUUUCUACAAUUAAAACAUAGGAAUUUUCUUCCACAUUAUUCAAUUCAAGUAUAGGUGAAUAUAAAGGGAACAGUAAUUCAACAUUCUCAGAGGGAGUUCUGUGUCCCCUUCCCUUAUCUUGGACUCUGGUUUUGGGGUUGGAGUUACUGAAUUUGCACCGCCAAUGUUAAAGAAAAGCAAAAAAAAAGGACAGCGGUCAAUGUGUGAGUGAGUAUUUAUAUACAUAGUAGGUAAUCGUCCUGACUAUAAUACAGUCUCUCAACGAAUGAGACCUUUUUCCUAGUGUAUCAAGUUCAAUAAAAGAAUUUUUUUUUUUAAAUUACAGAAGCAUGCUGAAAACCCAAAGCAACCCUGCUUAGCCCCGAAUCUACUAUGAUAGCCCGCAGGACUACUGGCUUCUUACUUGCUAAGGCCUCAAUGGUCUCAGCUUCCCCAAAAUUAAAAAAAGAAAAAAAAAACAAACCAGAUUUAGGCUGGGCCCAGCCACCUAGGCUCAGAGACACUGCCAGGGCUCCAAGUGAAGCAUAGUUCAGAAUCUGAGACUUGGCAUGGCAUGCUGAAACCCCGGAGGGGUUGCCAAGCCCUGAGACUUUGCCCCAGGGACCUCUAGCACUGCUCCGAUGAACUCUGAAGCCCAAUGAGCUUAGCACAUGUUGUGGGGUAAAACAAAUCUCCCAAAUCCACAAGGUUGCAUCUGGGCAGCUCAGACACACACCACGGCUUUAACUCGCAACCUUCUGGUUCCUAGCUCAUUACAGGAGCCCCUUGGCCCUGUGGCCUUAAUCCUGUGAUCCAGCAGGAGGACCCACCUCUGAAGAUCUCAAGAACUUCAGUGGCCUAAUGCUCUUCACAUCCUAUGCUACGCUACACAAAAAAAUAUUUCAUGUGCCUUGCGUGAGGGCCCUGGGCCCAGCAAAAAGAGGCUACACUCAGCCACAAAGUCCCCUUUUCUACCUACAACCAUCAUCCUCACAGCCCCAAACCUACUACACAAAAUCUGCAGCGCUGCUGACUUCUUACCUGCUAGGGCCUCAAUGGUCUUGGCUGCCCCAAAAUUAAAAAACAAACACAACAACAAAAACCCCAGACUUGGGCUGGGCCUAGUCACCCCUGCUCAGACACUGCCAGGGCUCCGAAUGAAGCACGGGCCAGAAUCUGGAGCUUGGUGUAGUAUUCCACGCCAACCCCCGAGGCUUUGCUCCCUGAAGCCCUAGCACUGCUCAGGUGAGCUCUGAAGCACAUCUAAACCCAUCAUGUGUUGGGGGGCAAUAUUUUUAUUUUUAUUUUUUUACUAUACUGCUGUAACUGCUUGUAUUUUCUCUUUUUCAUAGCAAGUUGAGCCAUGCAGCUGGUAAUAAGAAUUAUUGCUUUACGUUAAGUCAGGGGCAGGCAAUUAUUUCAGGCGGAGGGCCACUUACUGAGUUUUGGCAAGCCAUCUAGGGCCGCACAACAGGCAGCCAGGGGCAGAUAACUAUUCAUUUUCUACAUUUUUUUAGGGGCCCUACGGGCCAGAUAGAACAGCCUGGCAGGCUGCAUCUGGCCAGUGGGCCACAUUUUGCCCACCCCUGCAUUAAGUGCUUGAACUAAGCAAGUGGGAGUGGAAUGAUUUUUUUGAAGGA